AUGGCCGACCCGAGCAGCCCCGGGCUCGGGCUCCGGUGGCGGCUGCGGCUCCGGCUCCGCCUAGGCUCGGGCUCCGGCCGCCCGUCUCUGCUGCCGCCGCCUCCCUCCGCUCCCGCCCCGCUGCUCCCUCUUCUCCUGCUGCUGGCCAGCGGGCCCGGCUCCUCUGCCUCCCGGGAACCCGACAGCUCGUGCCGGCUGAAGACGGUCACCGUGUCCACGCUGCCAGUGCUACGGGAAAGCGACAUUAGCUGGAGCGGCGGCCGGGCCGGGGCCGCCACCGCCGCUGCAGCCGCCGCAGCAGCCGCCGCGGCGGCCGGCUCUCUGGGCUCAGGAGGCUCCGGCUCGGGCGGCCCGGGCAGCCCCGCAGAGUCCCGGCUUCUGCUCUUUGUGCGCAACGAGCUGCCCGGGCGCAUCGCAGUGCUGGACGACCUGGACAACACGGAGCUGCCGUUCUUCACUCUGGAGAUGUCAGGAACAGCAGCAGACAUCUCCUUGGUGCACUGGCGGCAGCAGUGGCUAGAAAAUGGCACCCUCUAUUUCCAUGUCUCCAUGGGCAGUGCUGGGCAGCUGUCAAGGGCCACUCCUCCCACUCUUCAAGAGCCUUCAGAGAUUGUGGAUGACCAAAUGCAUAUAUUGCAUAUUUCUGUGAUGGGUGGCCUGAUUGCCCUCCUUUUGCUCUUGCUGGUGUUCACUGUGGCCCUAUAUGCCCAGCGGCGCUGGCACAGAAGACGGCGGGUCCCUCAAAAGAGUGCCAGCACAGAGGCAACCCAUGAGAUCCACUAUAUCCCAUCAGUGCUCCUGGGACCCCAAGCUCGAGAAAGCUUCCGGAACUCUCGCCUUCAGGCACACAAUUCUGUCAUAGGCAUGCCCAUCCGAGAGACUCCUAUCCUGGAUGACUAUGACUAUGACUAUGAAGAAGAGGAGCAACCCCGGAGGGCCAACCAUGUCUCCCGGGAAGAUGAAUUUGGGAGUCAGGUGACGCGGACUCUAGAGAGUCUUGGUCAGGCCAGUGAGGAGAAGAUAGACUUUGAAAAAAAAGCUGCUGAGGUGACACAGGAAACCGUGGAAUCCCUGAUGCAGAAGUUCAAGGAGAGUUUCCGUACCAAUACACCCAUCGAGAUCGGCCAGCUCCAGCCAGCUCUCCGUAACGCAUCAGCAGGAAGACGGAAGAGAAGGAGCAAGUCCAGAGGGGGAAUAGGUUUUGGAAGAACCAAAGGAAACUCAGGCUCUGAGGCAGAUGACGAGACACAGCUGACGUUCUACACAGAGCAAUAUCGGAGCAGGCGUAGAAGCAAAGGUCUGCUGAAAAGCCCUGUGAACAAGACAGCCCUUACAUUGAUUGCAGUGAGCUCCUGUAUCCUGGCCAUGGUGUGUGGGAAUCAGCUGUCCUGCCCCUUGACUGUGAAGGUGACGCUCCAUGUGCCAGAGCACUUCAUCGCAGAUGGUAGCAGCUUUGUGGUGAGUGAGGGGAGCUACCUGGACAUCUCCGAUUGGUUAAACCCAGCCAAGCUUUCCCUUUAUUACCAGAUUAAUGCCACAUCUCCCUGGAUAAGAGACUUAUGUGGGCAGAGGACCACUGAUGCCUGUGAGCAGCUCUGUGAUCAGGAAACAGGGGAGUGCAGCUGUCAUGAAGGCUAUGCUCCAGACCCUGUGCACAGACACCUGUGUGUGCGGAGUGACUGGGGGCAGAGUGAAGGACCUUGGCCUUACACAACCCUGGAAAGGGGAUAUGACCUUGUGACAGGGGAGCAGGCACCUGAAAAGAUCCUCAGGUCUACCUACAGCUUGGGGCAGGGACUCUGGCUCCCAGUCAGCAAGAGCUUUGUGGUGCCUCCUGUGGAUCUGUCUAUCAAUCCACUGGCCAGCUGUAAGACUGAUGUGCUUGUGACUGAAGACCCUGCUGAUGUCAGGGAAGAAGCAAUGCUGUCUACUUACUUUGAGACCAUCAAUGAUCUACUCUCCUCCUUUGGGCCUGUCCGUGACUGUUCACGCAAUAAUGGAGGGUGCACCCGCAAUUUCAAGUGUGUGUCAGAUCGCCAAGUAGAUUCAACUGGAUGUGUGUGCCCAGAAGAGCUGCGGCCAAUGAAAGAUGGUACUGGCUGCUAUGACUAUUCCAAGGGGAUUGACUGUUCAGAUGGUUUCAAUGGGGGUUGUGAACAACUAUGUCUCCAGCAGACUCUACCUCUGCCUUAUGAUGCCUCUUCCAGUACCAUCUUCAUGUUUUGUGGCUGUGUGGAGGAAUAUAAGCUGGCUCCAGAUGGUAAAUCCUGCCUCAUGCUAUCGGAUGUCUGUGAGGGCCCCAAGUGCCUCAAGCCUGAUUCUAAGUUCAACGACACUCUGUUUGGGGAGAUGUUGCAUGGUUACAACAACAGGAGUCAGCAUGUGAACCAGGGCCAAGUCUUCCAGAUGACUUUCAGGGAAAACAACUUCAUCAAGGAUUUUCCCCAGCUGGCUGACGGGCUGAUGGUGAUCCCACUGCCUGUGGAGGAACAGUGCCGAGGUGUACUCUCAGAGCCUCUUCCAGAUCUCCAGAUGCUCACUGGGGACAUCCGGUAUGACGAGGCAAUGGGCUAUCCCAUGGUGCAGCAGUGGCGAGUCCGUAGUAACCUGUACCGGGUGAAACUCAGUACCAUCACUCUCUCUGCAGGGUUCACCAACAUCCUGAAGAUUCUCGACAAAGAGAGUAGCCGGGAGGAGCUACUGUCCUUCAUCCAGCAUUAUGGCUCACACUACAUCGCUGAAGCCUUGUAUGGCUCUGAGCUCACCUGCAUUAUCCACUUCCCCAGCAAGAAAGUCCAACAGCAGCUAUGGCUCCAGUAUCAGAAAGAAACAACAGAGCUAGGCAACAAGAAGGAGCUUAAAUCCAUGCCAUUCAUCACCUACCUCUCAGGCCUCUUGACAGCUCAAAUGCUCUCAGACGACCAGCUGAUCUCAGGAGUAGAGAUCCGCUGCGAGGAGAAAGGCCGCUGCCCGUCCACCUGCCACCUGUGCCGGCGACCUGGCAAGGAACAGCUAAGCCCCACACCUGUGCUACUGGAGAUCAACCGAGUAGUUCCUCUCUACACCCUGAUCCAGGAUAAUGGCACCAAGGAGGCCUUCAAAAGUGCACUGAUGAGUUCCUAUUGGUGUUCGGGAAAAGGAGAUGUGAUUGAAGACUGGUGCCGGUGUGACCUCAAUGCCUUUGAUGCAAAUGGACUCCCCAACUGCAGCCCUCUCCCACAACCAGUACUUCGACUGUCCCCUGGAGUAGAACCUUCCAGUACUGUGGUCUCCCUUGAGUGGGUGGAUGUCCAACCAGCUAUCGGAACCAAAGUCUCAGACUAUGUUAUUCAGCACAAGAAGGUGGAUGAGUACACAGAUACUGACCUCUAUACUGGAGAAUUCUUAAGUUUUGCCGAUGACUUGCUCUCUGGCCUUGGAACAUCUUGCGUAGCAGCUGGUAGAAGUCAUGGUGAGGUCCCAGAAGUUAGCAUCUAUUCAGUCAUCUUCAAGUGUCUGGAACCUGAUGGUCUCUACAAGUUUACCCUCUAUGCUGUGGAUACAAGAGGCCGACACUCAGAGCUGAGCACUGUCACGCUGAGGACAGCUUGCCCUCUGGUAGAUGACAACAAAGCUGAAGAGAUAGCCGACAAAAUCUACAACCUCUACAAUGGCUAUACCAGUGGCAAAGAGCAACAGACAGCUUACAACACCUUGAUGGAAGUGUCAGCCUCUAUGCUUUUCCGUGUCCAACAUCACUACAAUUCUCACUAUGAGAAGUUCGGGGACUUUGUCUGGCGGAGCGAGGAUGAGUUGGGACCCAGAAAAGCCCACCUGAUCCUGAGGAGGCUGGAGAAGGUCAGCAGCCACUGCUCUACCCUCCUGCGCAGCGCAUACAUCCAGAGCCGUGUGGACACCAUCCCCUACCUCUUCUGCCGCAGUGAAGAGGUGCGGCCAGCUGGCAUGGUCUGGUAUAGCAUCCUCAAGGACACCAAAGUCACAUGUGAGGAGAAGAUGAUCUCCAUGGCACGCAACACGUAUGGCGAGUCCAAGGGCCGGUGAGAGAGAAGACUGGCCUCGGGCUUUGAAUGGCCAAGAACAGAGACUCUCAGGAAGGAGAGAUGGAAGGACACAUGAGGAACCUGGAUCCUGGGUGGGGUUUGGGACAGGGGGUGACUAGAAGGAGUCACAAAGGCCAAGCCAGACUUUUUCUCCCAUGGACAGUUGAAGGGACCUUAGGUAGCAGCCGGGAUCAUCCAUUAUUUUCUUUCUUUCUCUUUUGAGACAUUAUUUGACUCUGUCAUAAAGUCUCACCUUUUUAAAACCUUUUCUUAUGGACUCCAGAAAUCCUGAAAUGAGAGCAUUCUGAUAGGGGCCACAUAUUACCCUUCCCUCCUUUUCCCUUUGACUUUGACUGGCCUCAGCAAUUCUUUCUCUGCGGUCUCUCUUCACCUAUUCCUCCCCUGCCUCUCCACCCAGACCUCAGAGCACACAGGACAGCCCCUUUGGCUGUAGCCAUCUCCCCAAAGUAGACCUGACAAUUUUCCCAGUGAGGAUUUUUUUAAUGCUCUCCCAUUUGCAGAACUCCUGCCUCUUCCUACUGCUCACAGACCCACCCCAGCAGAGGUCCUGACAGGCUGUUCUGUGCAUUAAAAAUUCAUAUGAAGUCCAUGUUCCUGCCUAUGUGGUAUUUCUUGCCAGUGGAAUACAAUUUGUGACAUUCCCAGCCUCCCCUAGCCAAUGAUCUUGGGUGCCUUCCUCCAAGAAACUGAACAGCAAAGGUGUAGCUGCUACCCAAGAAGCUGUCUGAGGUUAAUGGGAACCCCAAGAGAAUGAAAAGGAAGUCCAAGCCCCUAGAUAGUUCUGUUGCAUCUCAUAGAUGCUUAUUCAUUCAACCGUGGUUCCAUCUUGAUCAGACAUCUGACUGAGCUCAUGAUGAUAAUAAUGUUAAUACCAAUAGCUAACACUUAUAUAACACUUUAAGGUUUGCAAACACUUU